AUGGCGGACGCGACUACCAAGGCUGGCAAAGGCUGGCUCAACAAGGCGCUCAAUUGGAUCGAGGUGGCUGGUAACAAGCUGCCCGAUCCGGCGGUGCUGUUCCUGAUCUUGAUGAUCGCCGUUUGGUUGGUGUCGGCCUUCCUGGCGCCGGUGCAGUUCGGCGAGAUCCAUCCGCAGACCGACCAGCCGAUCCAAGUCGUCAACCAGCUGAGCCCGCAGGCGCUGAGCACUUUCAUGGUCGACAUGGUGAAGACUUUCACCGGCUUCCAUCCCCUGGGAGUGGUCUUGGUGGCGCUGCUCGGGGUCGGGGUCGCCGAGCACACCGGCUUUAUCAAUGCCUGCCUCAAGGGCAUGCUGAGCUUCACGCCGAAGAUGCUGCUGACACCGAUGCUAGUGCUGGUGUCGAUCGUCAGCCACACGGCGGCGGAUAGCCGGCUAUGUGCUGGUCAUACCCCUCGGCGGGGUGAUCUUCUACGGCCGCCGGACGCCAUCCAUUGGCCGACCGGUGUCGACAUCGUUACCAAUACGCACCCGGUGAAUCCGGCGUGCAACUGGUUCUUCACCUCGGCAUCGAGCGUGCUGGUGAUCUUGAUCUGCUGGUUCAUCACCGACCGGGUCAUCGAGCCGCGUUUGCAGGGCACCAAGGUCGAUGGCGAUCCGGACCAGAUGCCGAAAAUGGAGGUCCUGACCGCUGCUGAGCGCAAGGGCAUGCCGGAAACCUCGGUGCUGCGGUCGCCGACCACCGGCAGCUUGACGGACUUCAACGCCUCGCUCAUGCAGAUGAUCGUGCCGCUGAUUUUCCUGCUGUUCAUCCUGCCGGGCGUGGUCCAUGGCUACGUCGCCAAGUCGAUCAAGGGUCAUCGCGAUGUCGUCGAGGGUAUGUCGAAGGCGAUGGCCACCAUGGGUUACUACCUGGUGAUGGCGUUCUUCGCCUCGUUGUUCAUCUACUCCUUUACCAAAUCGAACAUCGGAAUCCUGGUGGCGAUGAAGGGAGCAAACUUCCUUCAGUCACUCGACGCUCCGGCGCAGGUGACUAUCGUCGGCAUCAUUUUGCUGGCGGCGCUGGUCAACCUACUGGUCGGUUCGGCGUCAGCCAAGUGGGCGCUGUUGGCGCCGAUCUUCGUACCGAUGCUGAUGCAGAUCGGCCUGUCGCCAGAACUCACUCAGGCGGCCUACCGGGUAGGUGACUCGACCACCAAUAUCAUCACGCCGCUGAUGCCCUACUUCCCGCUGGUGGUGGUGUUCUGCCAGCGCUACGUCAAGAAGACCGGCAUCGGCACCGUGGUGUCGUUGAUGCUGCCCUACUCGGUGACCCUGCUGAUCACCUGGACGAUCUUCCUGUUGAUCUAUUGGGGUCUUGGGAUUCCCCUCGGUCUGCAAGCCAGCUACGUCUAUCCUGAGUCGAGAAGCGCUCGUCUUAAAAGCCCGCCAGGCCGGUCCAUCGCUUUCCAACGGAGGGGCGCCCAGGGACCUGAGAUGGGAGCGAAGGGCCGGAGCGGGAGAGAGAGACCCUCCAAUCGGACCCGAGGUCAGGGGAGCCAGGCUUGCUCUUGA